CCAGGUUUCAAAAUGGCGUCAGGUUUAAAAUCGUCUGGCGGUUCCGGGCCAGAUUCUUCGCAGAAAAACGACAAAACAAGCUUUGAGGACUGCGUCUGUCCGAUAUGCUUGGAUAUUUUGAUCAGACCUAUCACUAUGCCUUGCGGUCACGAAUUAUGCAUGGUCUGUUUUCAGGAAAACGUCCAAGAAACCAGCCUGACUUGUCCGAUGUGCCGUCUACGAAUUUCCAGCUGGGCCCGCAAAGCGGCACGGCAUAAUCGGCUUGUCAACGAGAAACGAUGGAGACAAAUACAGAGACUGUUCCCCAAGCAAGUUGAAAAACGCCUGGAAGGGGAGGAUAAUGAAGAUGAUUACCUGGCCAACACCGCCGUCCCCCUACACCUAGCCCAGCCGGGGGAGAUCAGGAAGGAGUAUGAGGAGGAGAUGAAAAAGCUUGAAGCAGAGCGUGUCCGCGCAGCAGAGGAAGAAGAACAGGCCAGCCAGUCCAUUAUCCAGAAGAUAUUAGAGGAGGAGAAGAGACAGGCAGAGGAGAGGAAGAGGGAGAGAGAAAGGCUGGCAAGUCACGAUGAAGAGCUGGCCAAACAGCUCAGUGAAAAAAUUCAACAUGAACAGUUGGACACCCCACAAGUCAACAGCCUCCUUCGUCACAUCUCUGGCAGUCGUCAGUCAACACGCAGCCACUCUUCCAACUCAUCCAGGUCUGGGACACCCAAAAAUGCAUCCAAAAGCUCCAAAAAACACAACAAGAACUCUUCACACACCCUUGACAGGUUUUUAACGAAGGGAAGUAAUAAAAGCAGUGGAGAUGACAGCAAAAAUAAAGACAAAUCCUCGAAUGUGGACGCCUAUCCAUACGCAUGCAUCAAUCCUGAGGACAAGCCAGGGGAGAGAUUACUUACAGCAGGUGAUCUGCAUCUCAACCUGGACACCUGUUUCUCUCUCCCUCGGUCAGCAUCUGGCCUCAGUAACAGCAGCACUGACUCUAUAUUGACUUUGAGCACGGCCAGUGGGGUAGGGUCAGUGGCUGGACAGGGGACUCCCAGAGGGACAGCUGGACACGGGGCCCCACCACGGAGGAUUAAGACUGACCAGGAGGCCUCUAAGGGGAUGUCAGUUGGAAAGUCCCCAAGAGGAAUGGGCCUUGAGGAAGGUCUCCCCAAAAGUGGCCUCCUGGAGAAUUCUGUCCCCGAGGGUACUGGACUGGGGGACAGUAUCAGGAUUGUCAAAGUUGUUGUGAAGCCAGAAAUGAGAAAGAAGAUGGAUGCAGCACAGAAAGGCUUUAAGGGCUCCACAGGUUUAAAGAAACAUGGUGAAGCAGAUCCAGGUCAAGGCGGCAGUCACCCAGGACGUUCCAUGAGUGAAUCUGAUGAACUGCUGAGGGAGAUGGCCAGGGCUUCUUCAGGAGAAGAAGGAAGCAAAGGGGCCAAACGCAGUGCCAGUGCCCAGAGUGAAGACAGUAUAAGCCAUGAACUUACCCACUUCAAACCCAUCCAUGGGUAUCCACGCACCCCACCCAGGAGAUUACCUGGUGGAAAGGUGAUAGAACCAUCUGUGAUAGUUUGCUCCCCACGUAAUCUGAGUCGUGCUGGCAGUAUGGGUUCACCCACUGAGAAUGGAGAUCAGAGUAUUAUGGACCCCACUAGUCCCAUAGUGAAGAAAAGACUACAGAGACUGGCAGAGGAGAGACAAGCACAGGUGCAAGCUUUGUCCAAAGCCACUUCCACAGAGAUAUCAAGUUCUAGGAUAAAUAAGGAGCACAGUUACUCCAGCCCGACCAAGAUGAUAGACCACAGGCACAGGAAGUGGCGACACCAGAGAGAAACUUCCUCUGAAACUGUUAACAUGGCGAAGGCAGAGCCAGCUGUAGAGGGUAGUGCUGUGACUACAGUAGCCACUGUUGCUACUACAACCCUCAGGGCUCUGUGUUCUAAAAGAGAUGCUCCAUGUGCAGCAUCCAGUUCAUCUGCAGCUGCCACGACACUUGCUGCAAGUGGGGAUGGGAAGGGUGAGCUCCAGACAGCAGUCAGAGCCAUCAACUUUGACCUGUCUCAACAAGAGAGUUUGGUACAUGGUGACAACACACUUAUUGACUUAACAACCAGUAACUCUGGGUCUCGAACUCUUUUACCACUUGUGACAAAUUUCGAUGUCCUCCAUGACCAGGAUAAUUUCAUAGUACCACAUGGCCUGGGAGAAAGUGGGUCAAUUCUAGGCAUUGCUAAUGACUCAGUGGUGGAAGCUCAGGAGACUGUGUCCCAAAGGGACCCCUUGACAAAUGUUGACAGUAAAAGGGCAUUACAUAAGCAGUUAGGUGGUCAAAAUAAAGAUAAAAACAAUGAGCACAGUUUGUUGAAACAGGACUCGUCUUCUAUGGAUAAAAAUCACAAUUUCUCAGUACCUCAGAAAGGUUUACAGAUGGCCAGCAGUACCCUAAGGCCUGUCUGCCCUGGCAGCCCAGUAGCAGCUCAGUUAGCAGGAAAACACAGACUGGAGAAGUUCCGUGGCGAUGGUGCUAUUCAACAAAAGAAAUCCCCACAAGGUGGAAGCAGUAGUAGUUCCACCUUGGUCAAAUUAAGCCCAGGCAAAGUGUACCGGAUGAAUAGAAGUUUAGCGAAUAAAAAACUUGAGAAGGCAAGGGACUUGAAGUUAGGAGAAAUAAACGAUGAACCAGUAUCUCUCACCAGAAGACCCCUUCAUACCGAGAAAGAGGAUGCUUUAUCAAGUAAAAACCCCCAGACAGAAAUGAAAAUCAAAUCUCUUAGUGAUCAGAAAGCAUCUUUACUGGCAGCCAGCGGAACUGAAUCCAGCAACGGAACUAAGAUUCCCAAAGUGGUCACCACUCCGCUGACGCCAAGGAAGAUUGCCCAGAGACAGAGGGCACUGGCUAUGAAGCAGGAUGCUGAUCAUGUAACUGGGGUGGCAGUAGUGAGGAAGAGAGUCUUUGGUUCUAAUGAGGAGGAGGAGGAGGAGGAGGAGGAUGAACGUCACAGUUUGAGAUCUACAACAGAGAAGAAAGCUUCCCAUGAAAGAAGGCACCAAAUUAAAAUAUCUUCUGAACUGUCUGGUGGUGGUGAAGACAGUGGUGCCAAUGAUGGUGUUUUGUCACAUGUUAGCCUAGCUGAGACUAGUCUCUUAGACAGUGGACAAACAAAAUGUGAAUCUUCCUCACAUAAGGAAUUGAGAUCUACACACCAAAGUCACAGGGAUGUUACAUCAGAAUAUGUAUCACAGGUGACCAAGAAUGACAGCAAUAAAAGAAAGACUAGUGCCAAAGAGGGAUCUGCUGUCAGAAGUCCUAACAAACAAAAUGAAAGUACACCGCACAAGAAAAGUUGUAGAGAUAGAGACAAGGCAACUGCUGAAGAGGCAUCUCCAAAAAACAAAGCAUCUAGCUCCAGUAGCAGGAAAACCUCGAGUCGAAAGAGACCAGCUGCACGUGAAGUGACACCAAGCAAGAAAACUUCUGAAACAUCCCCUAAUAAAAUUGGUCAGUGUGAUAGAAAUUUAAGGUGCAAACCACAGAGUGACAGAAAAGUAUCCAUGAGAUUACAAACACAGGAGACAACACCAACAAAACCAGAUGCAUCUGAUGUCAGUAGGCCUGUAGCAGCUGAUGUACCUCCAUUUAGAAAUUUAAGGAAGCGAGGCAAAUUCCUGUCAGACAAUUUCAGUGAAUCAGAGGCAGAUCAUGUAGAGGAUGAAGAGGAUCAACAUAUAGCUGCUCCAAAUAUGCGGAGCCUGCGUUCCAGGAAUGUUGACUCCACUCCAAGUAAAACCGAUGCAGCUUCAACUCAUUCAGACACAGAAAAUGGCGAAGACCAUCCCCUCGUACCACCUAGCAUGAGGUCAGCUAGGUCCAGACAGCAGGAGGUAACUCCAGGGAGAUCCAAAAUAACAUCUAGGACAAAAACCAGUGCUGAGAUGUCACCAAGCAAACUGAAGAGAACCACACUGGGGUCAGAGUCAACAAGUACAGGAAAAGGAGACGCUGAUUUCCAGAGUAAAACGGACACCAAUAGCAGAAUCGAGAGAUCUGACGCCGAAAAAACUCCCAAGUCCAGGACUGUGUCUCAAAGAGGGAAAAGUGAUAGUAUAAAGCCAUUUAGCAGUCAGUCCAAAAUGAGGUCACGAGGUGGAGAGGUUACUCCUAGUAAACGGGAAGGCAGUCCACUUAAAGAUGAAGCAAAACUUUCUUUUGCGAAAAGACUUCGAAAAAGCAGCUCUGUGGAAGUUACAAACUCCAAGGAUGCUUUUUCUGGACGAACAUUAAAACACAACACAAAAACAGAUUCUGAGUCCGACUAUCAUUCCUCUACGGAUUCUGAGAUUUCAUUUCCAAAAUCUGCCAGUAAAAAAAAUUCAUCUCAUUCAAACAAAAGGAAAGAAACUAUGAAAAGAAAGGGUAAGCAGUCGGAUUCAACGCAGUCAAAGUUGAUGUUUAUUAGCGAGCAAGUUGAAACCAGCACGGACGAUGAUUUUGUGACACCAAACAAGAAAAGAAAAUUGGUGUUUGGUUUAACAAAGGGUACUGAGGUCGCCUCGAAAAGAUUAACCAGUCAAACAAAGAGAAAUAGACGGGUACAAAAGAACAGGGCUUUACGAAGCGUAGACAAAGAUAAUCCACAUGAAAGCAGUUCGUCUACACCAAUUCAGCCGUACACUCAGAAACUUCGCCACGGUUCCAAGGCAGUCAACUCGAAGAGUAAACUUACUUCACAUUCCGAAAGUCAGCAGUGGGGGAUGAAGGGCAAAGGUGAGGAGGGAAUGCUCAUUGAGGAAGACGAGUACGAGAGUGACGAGGUAGGGACUGCUACCACAGUCGAAGAUGACGACUUCACCUUCGCGCUGAAGCUCCAGAAGCAGUUUGAAUACGAGGCCAGGCUGAAUACGACUUUUCACCGAUCACAUGGAUCAGGGGAUGAGUAUAAGUUUAGAGAGCGACGGAAGGGCUCCACGCCCGUGUUUAGCCCCGUCUCCACUCACACGCGUUCCAAUGACCGCAAAAGUAGGGUUAGGAAGAAACCAGUGUAGUUACAGAAUGCACGAUUUUCUUUCCAUUAAACAGUGAAGGAGGAUAUAGAUACCUGACAGUGCAGGUGUGGUAAAAAUAGCAGAACUGACAUUACGUGUAGCGCUUUUAAAACGGACGAAACCAUGUGUACAUAUCUAUAGGGAAGCAGAAUGUUUUCUCUCCCCAGACAAUAUUAGCUAUUGUUUGAGAUAGAAUUUUGAUGGUAUAGGAGCACACGUUAUGAAAGUGUGAACUGUGGUCAGUUGUAAUUAUGAGAUUUUAAAAGUUUUAUGUGGUCGGCAGAUAUUAUUUUUUGUAUUAUUUUUUCCCUGAAUCUAUUUUUAUAUACAUUAACAAGCGUUCUGAAUGAAAGAAGUCUUUUUUUUCGAAAUAAUAUUCAGUUCAGGAAUUAUAGGGGUUGGCCUUUUGAAUGGUAGAAUGUAAAAAAAGUUGCACUGUUCGAUAGUUAACAGAUUUCAUUACGUGAUUUAAAGAUCUGAUGAACAGUAGCAGUUACAGGGACGGUCCUCAAGGCCCCAUGAGGCCAGUGCUGUGCAUUGGAAGUGACGGGUCUUUUCAAUGUGUUGAAAUUACUGCUCAUUUGUGAUUGUUUAUCUUGUUGAAACACAAUUGCAAGAUUGACUCCGAUAUUUCUGUGUGCAUAUGGACUAAUAACAAUCCUUGGACAAAAAAAACCUGUGCGUGCUCUCCCUCCCCUUUUUUGAAGGAUAUUUAAGACUGGUAUAUUUUCCUGUAUAGCUUUUGUUAAGGUAGUCCAAUACACAGACCUUUACCCAUGGUUAAUGACUUUAUUUCGUUGUAUAUUUUUGCACACCACUGUGAGCUUCCUUUGUACAUGCAAAUGUAUUUGAUAAUUGAUACAAUGACAAUAUGUUAAUUGAUGUUUGAAUUAUGGGAUAAAUCCAAUAUGAAAAGAAAAACGGUUGAGAACAAAUUUAUAUCUUGUUUGUUGUUCGGAUGAACGUUAACGACUACACAAUAUCCGAACAAUGAUCGCCCUCGGAGAAACGCGAAAAAGUUUCAUCAAGCCUCAUAAAAAUAGUUUAAAGGGACGACAAUUCUUCAUUUAGCGGGACAAGUGCCAUAAAACGAAUUUUCCCACACUUGCCAAUGGCUAAUGAAUCCAUCCUAACAUUCGAAGCUACGGCUUUUUAAAGAAUUUUUUUUGUAAUAAACUCUUAAGAGAUUAUUACGGAGGGUAGCCAUCACUGGCGGUUCGUUUUGUUGCGAUACCCAGAUUUACGGUUAACCGCCACUUUGGUAAAAUGCAAUUCAUUACAUUUUUGUUUGAUUUAUUGUGGAAUUUUGAAUCUAUGAAGAUUUGUCAGCCCUUAAAUGAUUUUCUCUCCUCCUGAGAAUAUGGCCGUAAGCUCAGUAAUAUUUUUCUGUAAUUGGUAUUGAUUGUUAUAUUUGUACCCAUUAUAAAUUGUAAUAACUAAGUGGUGUACAGCAAACGGGUAAUAUUUGAGGUUUCGUUUUAUUGCACAUUAAGGGAUCUGUAAAGAUCUAGUGACCGACUUUCAUGUUGGCCAAAGUCAAAUUUUAUUGUUACAAGCGGAUGACUUGCACAUCACUCUGUCAGAUGCACCAUGUUAUUUUUUGAAUGAAGUGUGUUUAUGUUAAAGGGUAGGAAAGGAAAGGUUAACACUUGAUCUCAUGUUGAUUGUUAAAUUUGUACGUCUGCAUUGAUUCUUGUUGCAUUGAUACAUUGCUAGUCAGUAGAGUUGUAAGUUAGUAGGAAGGUGCGAGGUUAUGCCAGCUUGUGAUGGAUUUUUUCAGUCGUUUUUCUGCUGUAUUUUGGAAUCACACAUUUAUAAUUCAGUAUGUUUAAUUUUAUAGUUGAGAAUAAUGUUAGAUGUCAGCGUAGAAUUUGCGAAAUGGAAUGCUCGUCGUUAUAUUGUAAUAAGGUGCUUUU